AUGGCUCUGCCCACUCCUGGUAGUUGUCUGCUCUCUGUUCGUGUCCUAAAGGCUCAUGGCUUCCCAUCCAAAGACAUAUUGACCCCCUCUGACAGCUAUGUGAGCCUCUGGCUGCCCACAGCCUCAAGUCAGGAAUUUCGGACACGUACAGUAAGGAACUGCAGGAACCCUGUUUGGAACCAGACCUUCCGUUUCCGCAUCCAUAGCCACCUCAAGAAUCUGCUAGAGCUGAAAGUAUUUGACCAGGACCUUAUAACCAAAGAUGACCCCAUAUUAUCUGUACUCUUUGACGUGGGGACUCUGAAAGUCGGGGAGAGCCAGCGGGAGAGCUUUACCCUCAAUCCUCAGGGCAAAGAAGAGCUGGAGGUGGAGUUUCAUCUACAAAGUCUCCCAGCGUGCCCUGAACAGCUCAUCACCAAUGGUGUCCUCGUGGCCCGGGAGCUUUCCAGUUUGGAUGUUCAGCUAGAAAAGAUAGGAAGCAUACAGAAUAACUCAGAGUCAGAUGGUGGAGUGGAAGCCCUAGUGCCGGGGUCCUAUGAGGGCAGCCAAACCGUCACGUGUGGCACCAGCCCCAUCCGCUUCCACUCUCCAACUUGCUGGGAGUCAGAGCUAAGUGUUAAGCUCCAGGACACUUCCCAGGAGGUGCUGAAGGUGCCACUGAAGUCACUACCUUCUGGUCACGUGGUGAGGGUUUCCUUACCCAUGACAGAGGAACCUGCACUGAUGAUGCAGCUGAAAAACGAGAAAGGCCCUGAGGAGCUGGCAGUACGCCUGGGCUUUGAUCUGUGUGAGGAGGAGCAUGUUUUCCUGAGGAAGAGGAAGCAGGUGGUGGCCAAAGCCCUGAAACAAGUCCUGCAAUUAAAGGAUGAGCUGCAGGAGGAUGAGAUUCCAGUGGUGGCUGUCAUGGCCACAGGCGGUGGGAUCCGGGCGAUGACUUCCUUGUACGGGCAGCUCUCAGGUCUGAAGGAGCUGGGACUUUUGGACUGUGUCUCCUACAUCACAGGAGCCUCAGGUUCCACAUGGGCUAUGGCCAACCUAUUUGAGGAUCCAGACUGGUCACAGAAGGACUUGGCAGGGCCUACGGCAGCAAUGAGAGCACAAGUGACCAAGAGCAAACUGAGCAUAUUGGCCCCUUCUCGGCUACAGCGGUAUCGGCAGGAACUAAAGGAGCGGGCCCAACAGGGCUACCCUUCAUGCUUUACCAACCUGUGGGCACUGCUUAAUGAGGCCCUGCUACAUGAUGAGCCGCAUGACUGCAAGCUGUCGGAUCAGCAGAAGGCACUGGAGCAUGGCCAGAACCCACUGCCCAUCUACUGUGCCCUCAACACCAAGGAGAAGAGCCUGAGUACCUUCGAGUUUGGAGAAUGGGUGGAGUUCUCCCCGUAUGAGGUGGGCAUCCCCAAGUAUGGAGCCUUUGUCCCUUCUGAACUCUUUGGCUCCCAGUUCUUCAUGGGGCGACUGAUGAAGCGGUUACCUGAGUCCCGGAUCUGCUUCUUGGAAGGCAUCUGGAGCAACCUUUAUGCAGCUAAUCUUCAGGACAGCCUGUACUGGUCUUCAGAGCCUAACCAGUUCUGGGAUCGCUGGGCUCAGGAUCAAGUCACCUUGGACAAGGAGGCAACCCCCUCUCUGAAGAUGGAAGAGCCGCCCUCCACCUCAAGCAAGAUCGCCCAAUUCUUUACGGACCUUUUAACCCGGCGCCCCAUGGCAGGAGCCUCUCACAACUUCCUGCAUGGUCUGCAUUUCCAUCGGGACUACUUCCAGCACCCCCAUUUCUCUGCCUGGAGAGGCACCAAGCUUGAUGGGUAUCCUUACCAGCUGACGCCCAUGGAGCCGCACCUCUGCCUGCUGGACGUAGGCUACUUCAUCAACACCAGCUGCCCUCCCCUGCUAAUGCCUACCCGCCAAGUGGACCUUAUCCUGUCAUUAGACUACAACCUCCAGGGGCCCUUUAAGCAGUUGGAACUGGUGGGCCGCUACUGCCAGCAGCAGCAGAUCCCCUUCCCUCCCAUCACCCCGAAUGCAGAGGAUAAGGAACAGCCCCAGGAAUGCCAUGUCUUUGCUGACCCUGAGUCUCUGGACGCCCCUGUUGUGCUCCAUUUCCCCUUGGUCAAUGACUCCUUCCGGAAGCACUCGGCUCCUGGAGUCGAGCGGAAGCCUGAGGAACUGGCAGCUGGGGAGGUGAACUUGACUUCUUCCGGUUCUCCUUAUCAUUACACAAAGGUGACAUACAGCGAGGAGGAUGCAGACAAACUACUCAGUCUCACCCGGUACAAUAUCUGCAACAAUCAAGAGAGGUUACUACAGGCCCUCCAGGAGGCUGUGCAGCGUAGGAGACAGCGAAAUAGUCAGGGGGGGCAGCAGUGA